CGUAUGUAAGAGACGCUAUGGCGACGAUGACAGCAAAUACGGAGAAUCCGGCGAACAAAACAUUCACUCAGGUCCUGCAAAAGCACGCGGGCCGAGCCAAGGAAAGGAUACUUCAGAACUUGGGCCGCGCAGAUAAAACAAAAGAUGAGGUGUUUGAAGUUUACCUUCAGAACUUCUCACGGCAACAGUUGGCUGUAACUAAACUGCAGAAAGAAUUCAAGAACUAUCUUCUCUGCAUUAAAAGCAUGCAGAUGGCAUCGAAAAGUCUUAUGGACACCCUGAGCGAAAUCUACGAACAGGAGUGGGUGGGUCACGAACAUAUUCCUAUCAAAGCACAGGCGCUGGAUCUUCUCUGGGAUGAUUAUUUUCGUAAGAUGAAUGACGUUCUUAACCCUAUCAACAACUAUAUUGCGCAAUUUCAUGAUAUGCGAAAUAAAAUCGGCAAACGAGGUCGUAAGCUCGUGGACUACGACAAAUCGAGGCACAACGUUGAAGCGCUCAGAAAUUCUGCUAAAAAAAAAGACGACGUUAAGUUGACCAAAGCUCGUGAAGAACUUGAGCAUGCGAAAAGUCUCUAUGAGCAGCUGAAUAAUGAACUACAUGACGACUUGCCCCGUUUAUACGAGUCCCGUAUUCCGUUCCUCGUAAAGAAUCUACAGACUCUUUUCGAUGGCGAAUGCCGCUUUCAUGGCGAGAACGCCGUUGUCUACCAGUUCCUCAACGAGACUAUGCACAAGCUAGCCAGAGAUUCGGGCCACCCGAUUAGCGGGCCGAUAGCUCAGGCCCCUCAGUUAAGCCUACUGCCGCCUUCGCCAAUGUUACAGCAAAGUAGCAGCCCAGGCCUGGUGACACCCAGUUCGCAAAAGACCAACAACAAGACCAUUUCACUUCGAACAUCGACUGGCAAUCAACAGCAGCAAUCGAAUUCGUUUGCAGUCGCUUCCAGUCCGGGCGGCGAGGUUCGUCCUUACGAGGAGAUUGACUUCAAAAAAGACGGUCCUGCUAGUGUGUCCUCCACCAACGAUUCGUUGGAACCGCCGCAAUUGCCCAUAAAGCAGCGAAAGGCUCUAGGCGGCAGUACGACGUCGGCGGUAAUUAGUGAAUCUACCAUUACCGCAGUGGUAGGCCCUCGAGUCACUCUUGAAUACGAUCGUUUCGAUCAGGAAUUUAGCAGUCGCAUACGCAGCUUGCAAAUUCCCGAUGACCUUAAGAAGAAAAUGCUGGACCUUGCAACUGAGGUACUGCGAUUAUGUCUAAUCUCAACGUGUGCAGCCUCAACACAGACAGAAGGAGAAUUUUGGAAAUUUCCCCGCGUUGAAGAGUCUAAACCGGAAGAGCAGUGUAAAGAUCUCGUAGCAUUGGAUCUUGCGACGCCCGCAGUAGCGAGAGAUUUAUAUGCAUCUGCACAACGAGCACCCCUUCCAAUGCCGACCUGCAUUGGCUGCAAUUUAGAUACAAAAAUGAAAUGCAUAUGGCUUUCCGAACGCGAACAGGAGGCUUUCAAACAUCAUCUGUGGAUGUGUCUGAAAUGCGCAGUCCGAAACCCGAUCGAGAGUAUCGUUCCUGGCAUGAUGGACCGCAAUGCCAACAUGUGUAUUUGGUUCAAUCAAGUGACGAGGCUGAAAGCGAAAUAUACGGAAUUCAAAUUGUUACCAAAUGAAGUCGCAGGAGAAUUAAAGGAUACAGCCCAUCACGAUGAGAAAAAAGCUUCGGAACAACCGCCGAUGCUGGACGAAGGCCGUGGAGAAACUCAGGAAAGCCUGAAAGGCGGGCCGAGCGCGGCUUCCGACGCAGUCAAAUCCCCAUUGGGAAUGAACGGCCAGAAACCUCCUCAGUCUGACCAUGGCGUCUACGACAUACCCGUAGGCGCUACCACGACGGACUUGCCGACUGAAACCCUCUAUAAGGUACGCGCAACGUACAAGUACACAGCAGAGGAUGUAGAUGAGUUGAACUUUGAGAGCGGGGAAAUUAUCCGGGUAAUUGAAUAUGAAGACCCCGAGGAGCAGGAGGAAGGUUGGCUCAUGGGUGUCAAGGAGUCGACAAACGAACGAGGACUUUUUCCAGCGAAUUUUACUCGACCAAUCUAACAGGUUGUCAAUGCGAUCGGUCGAAGCCGAUGUCAAGCCUAAGUUACGCAAUUUUAAUAACAAUAAUAGAUAAUACAAAGUCCGCGCAAUUAAGUACGUCAAGUUGCAGUACAUUUGUAUACUGCAAAAAUUGUGCAUUAAGUUCAACGUUAAGCCAGUCACCGAAUACCUCAACUAAUUAACAAAGGCCGCACUAAUGCUAAAUCUGUAUAGCUAGCUGAUCAACGACUACCACACUCUUUCUAUUAUUGUCUGCGGAGAUUAGACCCUGUACACAGUGCACUCGAAGGCCCGAUUAACAUAUACAAAUGCAGUUGUAAUGAGACUGGUUUUCAUCGUACGCCUGGCACUUACCGCAACGUUAUUACAUAUAUAUUAUAGAUAGGCUAUUGUACGUAGCAUCGAUCCUCAUGGACAGCAAGCUGAAGCUAGAAGAACAAGAAGAAGCCAAGAAUUUCUGGAAGUACUAUCAGCAACUCUUGACACUUUGUCAUAUCUGGAGUUACCAGGUUCGGCAAAGCGUCGAAAAGAACACUCAAAAUCUGGCAGAAAUAGUAGGUCUUCACCCAUAGAGGACACUGCUUACUAUAUAUUACUAGUAACAGUAAUAAGGAAUAUAAUUAGCGGUGGUAUAUAUGCACGACACGUAACAAUUGAACAAUACGGAAGUGUGUGCAAGUGUUUGAUCGAGCCUAGCAUGCAAAGGGCUGUACCUCAGCGCGGUGCCACAAACAUAUUACGGAAUCCGAUAUACGUGAUAAAUGCUAGCCCGUGUCGAAGUAAUUGGCGCUUGGCGACCAAAAGAUGCGAUGGGUUGAGCUGCCUUGCAUAUCGUAAGGUAGAACUUCAAUAAUAAGCACUUUAUUAUUAUUAUUAUUAUUAUUAUAUUGUGUGAGGGUUACGCAUCAUAUAAAUAAAGAAAAGUCGGUGUGUAAAUGGGCUUGAGGCAAAAGAACGAGUACGUUGAAAGAAGCAAAUAACACGUGCCUACAGCCAAAUAUAGUAGAUGAUGACUAAUUCAGCCGAAUGAUUCAAGUACAUAUCGGACGUAGCUGCUGUUGCUGGAUGAACGAAUCGAACAAAUACGAAUUUUAUUAAUCAAUUGCUUCCGCUUUGCAAAUCCGUCGAGACAUACAAUAACAAAAUAGAAAAAAAAAAGCACAAAAACAUUGCCGAGUAGUGGGUAGUAGGGACACUUCUCUUUGGAAACCAAUUAUAAAGUACUCCUCAAUAAAAAUAGCGUCUUUAGAAAUGUUCCGUGACCACAAUUUGGAUACGAUCUAGAUCAAAUAUAUAACGUUACGCGUACCUGUAA